ACUUAUUAAUUCGUAUUUUACAGUUAUUAUCGUUCCCAUGUACUUAAUUAUGUACAAUGGAUAUUACAAAUUUCAUUACGUUUUAUUCAUAAAUCGUAAGAUGUCUGACAAAUCGUUUAUCGAUGAAGGAGUAAACUGUGAAUUAAAGUGUUUUUAAUUGAUUAACCCUCUUAUACUAUCACACCUUUUACUUUAACAAGAUUUUGGAAAUGACUGCGUCAAAUAAUAACAGAAUAGUGGUUCUAAUCGACAUGGAUUGCUUCUUUUGCCAAGUCGAAACAAAACUUAAACCAGAAUAUGCUGGCAAACCACUUGCUGUUGUGCAAUACAAUCAAUGGCAAUUAGGAGGAAUCAUUGCAGUCAACUACGAAGCAAGAGAAUACGGUGUUACGAGGCACAUGAGAGGUGAAGAAGCAAAGAAAAAAUGCCCAGAUCUUCUUCUAGCUAGCGUGCCUUGCCUUCGUGGAAAAGCUGAUACAUCAAGGUAUAGAAGUGCAGGUCGUGAUGUUAUUGAGGUGAUAAGGAAACAUUGUAAUAUAAUAGAACGCGCUAGUGUGGAUGAAGCAUAUUUAGAUAUUACUGACAUAGUUGAGAAAAGAAUGUCUGCAAAUCUCAUUUCCUCUGGAUGUUUAUUAACGCAGUUGUCCAACACAUUUAUUGUUGGAUAUUCCGAAAUUGGAAGUAAUGACGAAGAAGAAAGAAGCAAAGGCACAAGGACGUGGAUAAAAAACAUAUUCGAAGAAUUGCAAGAUGUUCAAGUUCAGAAACUUGCCGUAGCAGGGCUAAUAGUUGAGGAGAUAAGGGCUGACAUAUUCGAUAAAACAGGAUUUAGAUGCUCCGCUGGCAUUUCACAGAAUAAGAUAUUGGCCAAAUUGGCAUGCGGAUUACAUAAACCAAACAGACAAACUAUAUUACCUCCGAACGAAGUAUCAAUAUUGUAUUCGUCGUUACCUGUGAAGAAAGUCAGGAAUCUCGGAGGAAAGUUUGGUGAUAUUGUUGUUGAAUCUCUCAAUUGUAAUGUUAUGGGUGACUUAUUGCAAUACUCAUUGCAAUAUUUGCAAAAACGUUUUGACGAAAAAACGGGAUUAUGGUUGUAUAAUAUUGCUCGUGGAAUAGAUAACGAGCCCGUUACUACGCGACUUGUGUCAAAAUCAAUUGGAGCGUGUAAAAAGUUCCCUGGAAGACAAGCUAUUACUUCAUCAGACGUGUUAAGACAUUGGGCUGGUGAGUUGUCGGCAGAAGUUUGCGAACGUCUUGAAAAGGAUCGUACGGAAAAUGAACGUCGCGCAACCUUAGUAGUAGUCUGUUAUCAUUACUAUCAGAAUAAGACUACUGUGUCUCAAUCACGCUCGUAUACUUUAAAUUCAUAUAAACCGGAAAUGAUGGCAAAUCGCUGCGUGGAGAUUGUAUCUAAAUCGACCGACUGUCCUAUCGCAUAUUUGGGCAUAUCAGCUGGUAAAUUUGUCCCAGCCAAAGGUAGCGAAAAUUUCAGGAACUUUUUUAAGUCGAACGAUGUAGAACAUUCGAAGACAGUUACACAUACAGUGACGAAGAAUCUAGAAAGUACUGAAGUUAAUACUGAUGAUGUAAAUAGCGCUUCGACGAGUAAAUCAGAGACUGAACAGAAUUCUGUAAUUAAUAUGCAGCUAAGUGAACAAGUUCCUAAUUCGGAGACAGAUUGGUCACCUACUUCCAGGCGAUUAAACAAGUUGAUCAAUUCGAUGAACAAACGCAACAAGAGGAAACAAUUUGAAAAGAUAGUAAAUAGUCCUCUGAACGAUUCCUUCGAACAAAGUGAUUUUAAGGAAUCAUUUUUUAUGAAUGCUUUUAACCAGAAAGAUGAUAAAUCAAAAGAUACAUGGAUGAAUGAUACUGAAGUAAUUGAAGUAAAUGUCGAAAGCAAGGACUUGAAUGAAAACGACAUAGAAGACAAAGAAUUAGAUAGGAAUGUAGAAACAAAUGACACAAAUAUUGAAAUUGAAGAAAGACCUGCAUCUUCAAGUACAUGUAACGAAAUAAUGAAUGCGCAGAGUAUUGUCAAAUUACAAGAGAUAUUUCCUGAUCUCAAUAAUAUUGACCCGAAUGUAGUUGCUCUAUUGCCUGUAGUUUUGCAAGAGGAAGCAAAAUUGUACAUGAAGGCACAAAGUAAAAAAGACAAUAAGAAAGAAGUGACAUUGAGAAUGCAGAAGGGAAAGAGUAAACCGAAAACAAGUACUUCGAAAAGAAAGAAGAAUAACGAUAUCUCUAAUUUUUUGGUAAAAAGAACUUCGCCUAACUCAGCUGAAGUCCCUUCCAAAAAAUGUUUCAAAUGUUAUCAAAUUAUACCUGUAGCAAAAUAUCAAGAACAUUGCGAUUUUCAUGUGGCUGAAAGUUUGCAAUGGGAAAUGAAUUCCAUUAUACGAACUGAUGUAACGAGAAAAGAUGAUACAAGUAAUUCUAGUAUAAAUUCCUUUAAACGUAGAGCAAGUGAAGAUAUUUUAAAGUCUACUAAAAGUCACAAGACUGUAUCAUCGUUUCUCUUAUAGCUUGCCUUAAAAUGUAUGUUUUAAAUAAAUAAUUUUCUACAGUA